GAGCACAGCGAGUCAGUUAGCUGGUAGUCGCCGGUGAGGGAAGACUAUGGCCACACGUUCCCUCUCGUUACUCAGUCCAUAGCCUUCCCUCGUUCUUGGCACCACCUGACAGCUUGCGCCGUCCCUCGCAGCGCCUCCCCAUUCAGUGCCCGGGACUUGAGCACCGCUGGACAGGCGGAAAUAACAGUUAACAAUUAGCUAGUGAAAAGUUGUCACCCGCUUCUUCUGUGUCGAGUGAAAUCCGUCCACGAGUGCAUUGCGUUGUUUGUUGAAGUUAUCCUGCCGCUUCUGAACAUACACACAAUCGUAGAAAGUCACAAAAAAACGACUUAAACUUUAUAAACCAACGAAGAUUGAAACUAGACUUGAAAAAUCCACUUAAAAGACACGAAACUUAAAAAAAAAAAAAACUUAAUUACUUAAAAAAAAGGCCGUACUUUAGACCAAAUUAGAGACGAAAACAAGCCCAAGAACCGAACACAAAACUCCUUCUUUUAUCCUUCAACCACAAGAAACACCACGAAACACAAUGAAAACCCGGGUGUUGCUACUACUAUGUGCCGUGUGGUGUUGUGGGGGUCUAACAGCAGUGGUGACAGCAAGCACACCUACGAGGGAACACCACACGGGCACCACCACCCUCGAACCGCGAAAUGAGACAGUGGGACGGGUUCGCGGGGACGAGGCAGCGGUUCGCAGCGAAGGGGAAGGUGGCCAUGGUAUUGAAAGGUAUCCAGUUGCUGUGAUUGACUUUGAAAGGGUUCAGAAUCCUUUUAUUAUUGGCCUCUGGAUUUUUCUCGCCUGCCUCGGAAAGAUUGGUUUCCACAUGACCCCGAAGAUCUCCCAUGUGUUUCCUGAGUCCUGUAUGUUGAUCGUCCUCGGCGUCGUCAUUGGAGUGUUGCUGAUCUACACACAGGCCGCUACAGUGUCCCCUCUCACCGCUGAUGUCUUCUUCCUCUACCUCCUGCCUCCCAUUAUCCUCGAUGCUGGUUACUUCAUGCCAAACCGCCUCUUCUUUGAUAAUCUUUUCACCAUUCUCGUCUUCGCUGUUGUGGGCACCAUCUGGAAUGCUCUAACUAUUGGAAUCACCAUGUACGCCAUCAGCCUGACGGGACUCUUCGGGGUGAACAUUCCUAUGCUCCACAUGUUCCUCUUCUCGUCUCUCAUCUCCGCCGUGGACCCUGUGGCGGUGUUGGCGGUGUUCGAGGAGAUCCAAGUGGAGGAGGUGCUGUACAUCCUGGUCUUCGGGGAGUCGCUUCUCAAUGACGGCGUGACUGUGGUCCUGUAUCACUUGUUCGAGGGCUUCAGUGAGCUGGGCGAGGAGAACAUCAUGGCAGUGGACAUAGCGAGUGGCGUGGCUUCCUUCCUGCUGGUGGCUCUCGGCGGCACUGCUAUUGGUAUCAUCUGGGGCUUCCUCACCGCCUUCGUCACUAGGUUGACGCGUGAAGUUCGAGUCAUUGAGCCAAUCUUCGUGUUCGUGAUGUCCUACCUGGCUUACCUCAACGCUGAGAUCUUCCACCUGUCUGGCAUCCUCUCCAUCACCUUCUGCGGGAUUACCAUGAAGAACUACGUCGAACAGAACAUCUCCACCAAGUCCCACACGACCAUCAAGUACGCCAUGAAGAUGUUGGCCUCCUCCUCCGAGACUGUCAUCUUUAUGUUCCUCGGGGUGUCCACCAUCCAGAGCACCCACGAUUGGAACACUUGGUUUGUUAUCCUCACCAUCCUCUUCUGCUCCGUCUACAGGAUUUUUGGUGUGGUAAUCUUCAGUGCAGUGUGUAACAGGUUCCGCGUGAAGAAGAUCGGGUUUGUUGACAAGUUUGUGAUGAGUUACGGCGGUUUAAGAGGCGCUGUUGCCUUCGCCCUCGUCAUCACCAUUAACAUUGACCACAUCCCCCUGCAGCCCAUGUUCCUCACGGCCACGAUCGCUAUGGUCUAUUUCACCGUGUUUGUACAGGGCAUUACCAUCAAGCCACUGGUGCAGCUUCUGGGCGUCAAGAAAUCAGAGAAGAGACAGCUUACCAUGAACGAACGAUUGCACGAGAGGGUGAUGGACUACCUCAUGUCAGGAAUAGAGGACGUGUUAGGAAAGCAAGGUCAUCUCCUCAUCAGAAACAAAUUCAAACGCUUCAACAACAAGUACCUCACUCCCUUCUUGGUGCGGGACAAGAACGUGAUCGAGCCCAAACUACUGGAGACGUACAGCAACAUCAAGAUGCACGAGGCUAUGGAACAAAUGCACAACAGUUACAACUCCCCGCAGAACAUCGAGUCCUUCUCUAACCUUCUCCGCAACGCCGCCUCACAUCCACAUGUGCAGAGGAACAACCAAGGGGAGUGGAACCUGGACGUGGCUGAGCUGGACUACAACCCAACACUCAGGGAUAUUAAUGACGCUAAGUUCCACCACCUUCUCUCCAACGAUUACCGGCCAGUGAAGAAGAGCCGCGGAUCGACCUACAAGCGACACGCGGUGAAGGAUGACGACAUGCAGACCCAGUCAGACAUCGGCCACCACAACAUGUACCUCCACACCCGCCAGUUCGUGGAGAAUGACAAGAGACUUCACAAGAAGGCCAAGAAGAUGGGAUUGGUGGCCGUGAGGAAGGAGCGGGGCGUCUCACCACACCAUGUCCCCACGUCACCACUUUCACAGGGGAGUGGUGAUCAGGAGUUCGCCAGCCAGGGGGAGAAUGGAGUGGUCAAGACGCCCCAGGACCACCGAGCCGCCUAUCAGCAGAACGGGUCAGCCAUUAAACUGAAGCAAGACUACAUUGCGCGGGUCAUUCAGGACAACCCGGCCUUUGUAAACGACGAUGGAACCCCAAUGUUCCCAGACCAGCAGACCAUCACGGAGAAGAGGAGACAGAGCACAAAGGGCCCCACCAUGGCAGAGAUUGCACUACCAUGGAAGAGAUACUACCAGGAUGGAGAGCCCCAGGACCCACGGAGACUACAGAGAGCUCUUAGUAUUGUCAACAGUGAAGAGGAUGGAUCACAGCCCACACUAGCAGAGGCGGUGCUGCCAUGGAAGAGGCCUGAGGAUGAAGAGGUGUGCCAGAUGCCAGUGAAGCAGAAUGAGUUCCCUGCCUGGGCCUCAAACAAGGAGUAUGUCAACUAUUACUCUCCCUCCAAUACCUUUCUGGGCAAGCUCGGAAGACACGACUCAUAUCCAAACAUCCGCGAGAUAUUUGAGCGUCGCAACAGCAGCUCCUCGAUCAAAUCCCGGCGUGGGUCUCUGAAGGAACACCCAAUGCCUCUAAGGGAACGCUCUGCUUCAAGGGGCUCCAUAGACGUCCCUUGCACCUCCACUGGCGCCACCAACACCACCACCACCACACACGACCCCAGCAUUCCUCAUUUAGUACGCCAGAGAACCUCCACAGACUGCUCACUGCUCAACACAACAAUAGUGGAGGAGGAUCGACGACCAGACACAGUUAUCGACAUCAACCCCAGUGGUACAGAGGCAGAGCAGACCCAUAUGUAGGACAGACUACCCCAGGGGCCUGACGAAGGAUCUCUGGGGACCUGGGAGACACAAGUGUAAGCCCAGGUGGUGUAACUCAGCCAUUGGGGUAUGUUAGGUUAGGUUUGGUUUGGGGAAUGGAGGUGCUGUUGUUGUGGCGCUGGUGGUCGUGUGUAUGUAUGGUGUUUUGUGGGUGUGUGUGUGUGUGUAUGUAUGUGUGUUUUGAUGAUUCUUGUAUAGUUGUGUUUUAGUAUAAUUUGCAAGCUCAUUGUAUGCAUCUGUUGUUUUAAGACUGUUUUAUUGUAUGUGUGGCUGUAAUUAAAUGCAUGUGUGUAUGUGUGUGUGAGAGAGAGAGAGAGAGAGAGUAUGUGUGUAUGUGUGUGUUCUUAAUUAAUAGUAUUUUUACAGGGUUAACUCAAGUGCAUUUUGUUCUGUCUUAAACUUCCAUCACAUUAUCCUCCAAACACUGUGCCUUUCUGUUUACCUUUACUGCAUCCUUCCUUUGCCACCCUGACUUCCACUGGUCAGGGAAGAUGAAGUACAGAGUUAUCAAUGCUCAAAUACCAAGCCAAGUUAGAUAUGAAUAUUACGCGAUCUCAUGCCCUCCUAUGCAUCUGUCCUUGCUACGCCAAAGUGCCCAGUGUCUCCGUAAGCCUCUGUGUGCCUCAUCAUUAGUCUUCCUGUGUGUUUUGAAGCUGUGUGUGUUGUCUUGAUAGCUAGAAGGGAGCUUAAGGUGUGUUUGUAAGCUUCUAUGUGUGUUAUGAAAAGCUAAAAGGGAGAUUAAGAUGUGUUUGUGAGCUGUGUGUGUUGAAAGGUUUAAAAAGAUAUUAAGAAAAGUUUACAAGCUUCUUUGUGUAUUUGGAAGACUGGGAGGGAGUUUAAGAAGCGUUUUAUAAUAUCUUUCAUGCCUCUAUGCCUCAAGUAAUUAGUUAGAAUGAGUUUGAGAAGGUGUUUAUGUGCUUCUGUGUGUUUUGACAUGGUGUGAAUGUCUCAGAAAGGUUGAAAGGCAAUUUAAGAAGCAUUUAUUUAAGCCUCUGUCUUGAAAUGUUGUGACAGUGAGGGAAACAAAGUGCCUGUAAUCUUGUGUCAGUUGUGUAUUAAGUUAUGAGUGCCUUGAGUGGUUGUAAGAAAGAAGGGAGAGUUGUGAGAAAGGUUAGGAAGUAGCAGUAAUCUUUUUAUGAGUUAGGAAUGAGGUUUUUAGUUUCAUGAGAGAUUGUAGAUAUGAAAAAAAAAGUUGUAAAGAAAAUAUUAGAGUGAUGUAAUUUUCUUUGAGUUGUGAAUGAAGUUUAUAAUUUCAUGAGGUCGAAGUGGAAGAAAUCAUGUGAAAGAAGAUAAGAGAGUAAUACAAUCUUAGAGUUGUGAAUGAAGGUUUUAGUUCCACGAGAGUUGUAAGAAAAUGGUCAGAGAGUAAUAUAAUCAUCUUUGGGUUGUGAAUGAGGUUUUUAGUUUCAUGAAAGGUUGUAGAAAUGAAAGAAAAGUUGUUAAAAAUAAUCAAAGAGUAACACAAUGUUCUUUGAGGCUUGAAUGAAGUUUAUAGUUUUAAGAGAGGUUGUAAGAAAAUUAUCAGAGAGUAGUGCAAUUGUCUUUGAGUUGUGAAUGAGGUUUUCAGUUUCAUGAGAGGUUGUAGAAAUGAAAGAAAAGUUGUUAAAAAAUUAUGAGAGAGUAAUACAAUGUUCUUUGAGGCUUGAAUGAGGUUUUUAGACUGAUGAGGUUGUAGAAGUGAAAACAAAGCUAUGAAAGAAGACUUGACAGUGAUAUAGUCUUCCCUGGGUUGUGAAUGAGGUUGUAUGUCCAAAAGAACUGUAUAUAACAUUAGCCAUGUAGAAAUUAACUAUAACACUAAAACAAGGUGCUGUAACAUUGUAGAUAAGUAGAAGUGAUGAAGAGUGUAGUGAGAGUGAAGUGACUGAGCUAAAUGUGAUGUGACGUGAUGUGAUUUGGAGAUAAAAGUAGCAAUUGGUGACUUGUGACAAUAUAAGGUAAAUAACACUAACCUAACCUCUAUGUAAGUGAGGCAUCUGUACCUUAGAGUAAGAUAGUUUGUCUUUCCUCUCAACUGUCUAAUAACUUUGCAAUUUUUGGUAUUAUUUACAUUGUUAUUAGUAGGUAUAGUUCUCUCUCUCUCUCUCUCUCUCUCUCUCUCUCUCUCUCUCUCUCUCUCUCUCUGUAGUGAAAGAUUUCUAAGUUGUAUUUUGUCAUAAUUUGUCUCUAAAUAGACUUAUAGCAAUAAUGUUUUUAAGAGAGAGAGAGAGAGAGAGAGCAUUGCUAUUUAUGUUACACUGUCUAAAGAAAUGUCCACUUCUUGUCUUUUCAUGUAUGUAUGUAAGCAUGUAUGAUAAGUAUGUGUGUGUGUGUGUGUGUGUGUGUGUGUGUGUGUGUGUGUGUGUGUGUGUGUGUGUGUGUGUGUGUGUGUGUGUGUGUGUGUAAUUCACCUCAGUCGCCUGCUGGUCACCCAGCCAGUCUCCCCCAUUACGGAGCUGGGUAGGACUGAGACUGUGUGUGUGUGUACCUUAAGCUAGCAUAUAUACAACUUAACAAUUCAUACAUUCAUACAUAACAAGAUAUAUGCAAUUUAGUAAUGUAAUUUUACCCUUGUAUAUAAUUGUAUAGAUGAGAGAGCCACUGUCAACAGCUGCGUCACUUGGAGAGAGGUGAAUGAAGACCAGGAGGAGGAGAGAUAACAGUAGUAGAAUGAGAGUUGUAAGAGGAAGAUUAAGUAGAGGAGGAAAUGCAUGUAAUGAAAAAAUCACUUAAUAUGAUGUUGAUUUUAUUAUUAUUAUUAUUAUUAUUAUUAUUAUUAUUAUUAUUAUUGUGUGUGUGUGUGUGCCAUUUAUGAUACUCUAACAUUACAUUUUUUUUUUUUUUUUGAGCACACACACACACACACACACACACACACACAUGAACAGGAAAUAGUUAUCAUAAAUAUCCCUGUUACUAUUCACUGUUACUACUAUUACUACUACUAUUAAAGCUAUACCAUGAUAUAUUCUUUACAAACACCUAUACUCGUCUCUUCUCUCAUAUAGUGUUGCUUAAUAAACCAUUACACCGCCAUAUUCAAUCUUCUUUCACUCUGAUUCCUUUCUCCUCUUCCUUCACUCCCUCCUCUUCCAUUACAUGUAGUUUUUCCCCUCACCAGCCUUCCUAUCCCCAGAAUGCAUUGUGGGUCGUAUUUAUAUAUAUAUAUCUGUACAUAUAAAUAAUAAAAAUCUGGUUAAUAUAAA